AUGGCGGCUUUUGGUGCUGCGAUUUCUCUCAAGAUUACCAUUAACCAUAUUCUAAAAUCAUCUCGCAUUUCACUGGUUCCUGCCUCUUCUAUACAAGUGUUACGAUCUGCCUACGAGGCCAUGGAUCGCUUGAUGACUGCUCUGUCAAAGUUGGACGACACCGGCUACAGUAAGAUCAGGACGAAGGUGAAUGCUUUGGAUGAACGAAUCAAAGAGGCCGUAUGGGAAUUCGAAGAUUUACUAGAAUCUCAUUUCUAUGAUCAGAUUCUUUCACAACUCGAAAGUGAGAGAGGUCACUUGUCUUUCUCGGUAGAUCUGCAGAGUCUGCAACAGAGUGUUGAUUUCUUCGUCGAGAGGAUGACAGAGAUGGAAUUGGAGUACGAUAUUGAAGUGGUGAAUAUGCCUGAAGAAGAAGGCGAACCUAUUGCCUCAAGGAUUGAUUUUGGUGGAAUCAACUCAUACAUGGUUGGAUUAUCUGGGUUUUUUGAACAUACUAGGGAUUAUCUUCUUGGAGAAGAUGUAUUGAAUUGCUUAUCAGUAAUUGGGAUGGCAGGGGUUGGAAAAACGACCAUUGCUAAGAAAGUAUUUGACGAUGAUUCAGAAACAUUUCGAGCAUCGAGCAUGGGUCAAAUGGAUCCCAACACUCGCCACCAAAUGCUUACUCAAGGAUUCUAUGAGGACGACCAGAAAUUAGUUGGACUCUUGAAAGAGAGAUUGAAGGAUAAGAAAUGUCUCAUUGUGUUGGAUGAUGUAUGGAAAUGGGAUACACGAUUCAUGGAUAACUUGUCACAAGAAAAUGUCAGAGUCUUGCUUACAAGCCGGAAAAAAAUUAAAGAAUGUCCAUAUAAACGAGUAAGCUUGUUGAAUGAAGAAGAAAGUAAGAAAUUACUUGGUGAGAAGGUAUUCGGUGAAAAGGGCUUCCCUCCUGACCUUGAGGAGUUGGGAAAGAAGAUUGCCGAAAAAUGUGAAGGUCUUCCACUUAUGAUAGCCACAGUUGCAGAUCUCCUAUCCAAAGAAGACAAGACACCAAAAUUUUGGACUGAGGUAGCAAAGAAACAACAUAAUUCAGUCUUUGUGGAUGCAUACAAUCAAAUAUCGGAGGUAUUUUUCCCAAGCUAUGAAUACUUAGAUCAAUAUUUGAAAAUGCUCUUUCUCUAUUUGGGGGCUUACCCUUCACACAGUGAUAUCUACAGUAAGGAAUUCCUUCAUCAGAUAAAUGCGGAAGGAUUUUUUGGACACUGUCUCUAUGAAUGUGUAAAGGAAUGCUUGAAUGUGCUUUCUGAUUGGUAUCAUCUUGUUCUACAUGAACGCAAUAUUGGUUCCUGGUUUUCAAAGAACAAGUUAAGCGUGCAUUCUUGCUGGCAGCACCUGUGUAAGAAAGAAGCAAGUAAGAUCAAGUUUUUGCUUGUUAUACAAAGUUGCGAUGAUGUUACGAAAGGCCAGCGUCGGUUGUGUGCGCAUUGCAACACUUUAUUUGCCUUCGAACAAGUGUAUGAUGCAAUAAAAAGUGAUUGUGCGUCCACUGCCCGUUCUCUCCUUUGUUAUGGUCCUUACCACGAAUAUCCAAUUCCAAUACAUGCCAUGGAUUUUAAGUUGCUUAGGGUACUUAUCGCUGUUCAGGUCCGAUUUUACCAUAUCCCACUUGAAAUUAUGAAACUAGUUUGUCUAAAGUUUCUUUCCCUAAGAUGCAACAAAGAUCUCCCUGCUUCCAUAUCCAACCUUAUUCAACUUCAAUCCCUUAUUAUUGAGCAGCAUACGAACAUUAAAAAGCGUGGAGCUUUGUCAUACAUGCCGGUUGAAGUAUGGGACAUGCAGGAACUAGAGCAUCUUGAGGUAAUUGGAAGAGACCUACCAACCCCUAGUUCUGAUGCUACUUUAGAAACGCUCGGUUGUCUUUUAGGUGUGAGUGCAAAGAGUUGCACUAAAGAAAUUCUGAAAAGAAUCCCUAAUUUAACGAUGUUAAGCAUUGAGCAGGAGUUGAAGCCUUAUGAUGAUGACGAUGAUAUCAACCCACUGAGUGGCUUGGAAUAUAUCUCAACCGAACUCCAUAAUUUGGGGACGCUUCUAUAUCAUGUGCCUAACCCUGAGAUGAGGCAUGAGUGUAUGGUUCCUCUUUCAAUGUUCUCAUCAAGUUUGAAGAGGUUGUUGUUGUGUGGCUUAGGGUGUUCAUGGAAGCACAUGAAUGACAUUGGUUCGCGACUACCAAAUCUUGAGGAACUUAUUUUAAAUCACUACGCCUUUCAAGGCCCAGAGUGGGAGAUACAAUCAGAUUGUUUUUUGAAACUCAAGACACUUGUUAUUGAUGAUAAUGAUCUGGUGCGAUGGAUAGCUCAACAAGGAAGCCUCCCCAGGCUCGAGCUCCUAAGCAUACGGCAUUGCUACAAAUUAAGACAACUCGAUUGGACGCGUGAUCCCUCAGUGGUCACAACGCCUACAAUUGAAUUAGUUGAGUGCAAUCCCUUAGUUGUCGCUUCUACCAAGCAAUUCCCAGAAUCUCUCUUUACAGUUCGUUGCCACUCUUCUUUUUGA